ACGAGCAGAGCAGUGAGAGAGUAUAAAAGCGCCAUCCUUCCCACUCAGCGGAGAAGUGCUCCCCUAACGCUGACACACUCCCUUCAACAAAGAAAACAUCCUUUCUCAAGAUGCCUGCAGGGUUGAGUGUGUGUGUGGUUCUGGCGGUCGUGUGCGCGAGCUCUUUGGGGCUCCCCUCCCAUCUCGGGGACGAGGACCAACGUUCCCCCUCGAAAGAAGCCCACCUGGAAGCCGACGCCCACUUUUUGGGGGAGCCCCAUCUCCGACACAGCCGCUCCAUCCCCCAACUCAAAGGGUCACAAGAGGAUGGCGAGUCGCGGGCCAAUCUCGGCGAGCUGCUGGCCAGACUCAUCUCCUCCAGGAAAGCAAGUUCCGUGCGUCGGAACUCGCCGGUCAACAGCAGAGGCGGCGGCCCGAGCGCAACCAACCACCGGAUAGCGGACAGGGACUACAUGGGCUGGAUGGAUUUCGGACGGCGCAGCGCAGAGGAGUACGAGUACUCCUCGUAGAGUACGAGUACUCUUCCAUCGAUUGUCCCUUCACACACAAUACGAGUCGUUGUACAUUUGUUUGUACUGUUAAAUGCAAUACACAUAUGCCAAACUUUUGCCUCUCUGUCACCCAUUUGUUUGUUUAUUGUAUUAAAAGGGGGGAAAAUAUGCUGUCAGGGUACAUUGAGACUUACUAGACUGAAUAAACAUAAACACAACGUAAA